AUGAGUGUAAAUACCAGGGUUUACUCCGUUUCAAGAGUAUUUACUGAUGUAAAUAGCAAGAAGUCAAGCGAUUAUUGGGAUUAUGAAAAUCAUAAGAUUCAAUGGGGAGAUAUUAAGAACUAUGAGAUUUUAAGUAAAAUUGGUAGAGGGAAAUAUAGUGAAGUAUUUCAAGGUAUUAAUGUUAUAAAUGAUGAAUCAUGUGUUAUAAAAGUAUUAAAACCAGUUAAAUUAAAAAAAAUCUAUCGAGAAGUUAAAAUUUUACAAAAUUUAACUGGAGGGCCAAAUAUUGUUGGUUUAUUAGAUAUCGUCAGAGAUGAUCAACUGAAAAUCCCUGCUUUAAUCUUUGAAAAGAUUUCAAAUGUUGAUUUUAGAGUAUUAUAUCCUAAAUUCACAAUAUCUGAUAUCCAAUAUUAUUUUACUCAAUUAUUAAUUGCAUUAGAUUAUAGUCAUUCAAUGGGUAUAAUUCAUCGUGAUGUUAAACCUCAAAAUAUAAUGAUUGAUCCUUUAACUAAGAAAUUAAGGUUAAUCGAUUGGGGUUUGGCUGAAUUUUAUCAUAAAGGAAUGGAUUAUAAUGUUAGAGUCGCUUCAAGAUAUCAUAAAGGACCAGAAUUAUUAAUUAAUUUACAACAAUAUGAUUAUUCAUUAGAUCUUUGGUCAGUAGGUUGUAUGUUGGCUGCUAUAGUAUUUAAAAAGGAACCUUUCUUCAGAGGUGAUUCCAAUAAUGAUCAAUUGAUUCAAAUUGCAAAAGUAUUAGGUACUGAUGAAUUAACUCAAUAUCUUGCUAAAUAUGGAUUGACUUUAAGUUCAGAAUAUGAUGAUAUUUUAGGUAAAUAUCCAAAGAAACCAUGGAAAGCAUUCAUUAAUAAAGAGAACAAGCAUUUAAUAAGUAAUGAGGUGAUUGAUCUCAUUGAUAAAUUAUUGACUUAUGAUCAUCAAUUGAGACCAACUGCAAGAGAAGCUAUAGAACAUCCAUUCUUCUCAUUAAAGUGA